AUAAAUAAAAUUAACAAGAAGAAUUUUUAAAAAUUAUUAAUUAACAAUGGAAAAAAUGACGGAAAUUAAUUCGAUAUAUGACUCCGAUAAGCAACAUUCGCGAGAGAAAUUCUUAAGUAGAUCGCAAAAUAAAAUUAAUUCCAAUCGACUUAAUUCGUGACUUUCACACCGGUUUGCAUGCAGUCAUGAACCAAUCCAUGCUUACGCACAUGCACCCGCGCGCACGCGCGCGUAUAUAUAUAUAUAUAUAUGUAUGUGUGUAUAUGUGGUCUUAUUGUAGCACUUGUUGCACCAGCUCUGUAGAAAGAAAAUUCAGAAUCCAUUAAGUGCGAGUUUACUGUCAUUAGAGAAAAAUAUGAAAAUUGAGGUGGAGCCUGUUAAUCUGAAGAAGGAGCCGUUUAUUAUGAAGUACAAAACACCGGAGCGCCUUAUUGAAUUAUCUCAGCCGCGGAUACGAUCGCGAAUGACAAUCAGCCCAAAGAAAGAUUACCCGAAUUUAAGUAGCAUGAUGAUUUAUGAGACCUCACCACGGCUUCUUGAGCUUGCAAAACCUAAACGAAUAGAAAAAUUUCAACCCAAGGAGACUUAUCAUAUUCCGCAAAAAGUUCUUCGGGCUCAAGCCUCCAAUCGUAUAAUUCAAUUAUCGCAACCUCGGAAGUACAAUAGAUCUGCGGGUUCGAACAAUAAAAAUCUGAAUAAAUCGAAAAUUACUCCUGAAAUCGUGGCUUCUCGUUCGAUGAAAUGCUCGACUAGCAACUUCAUUACUAUAAAGAAAAAGAACAAGGAUUAUCAGCUGCCCUGGCUGAAGAAGAUUAGAAAGGAUUCUAUUGCAUUGAGUACUCAGCCAUUUCCUUCGAAAAACAGCAUAAUCGAGUCUGAAAAUAAAAACAUUGUUUUAACGAAUUCGAAGUUUUUCCAGAAAAAAGAGAAUCCUAUUAAAAGAACGUUGAAAAGAAUAGUGGAAAAAAAGCCUGUUUUUAAAUGAAUAUUGA